ACGGGAAGCCCCAAAUCGAAAACGUUUGCGGUUCCGCCGAAAAGUGUUCCAAGCUUGAGCCGACGCCGUCGCUGCUGUCGUUGCUCGUCGGGGGGGGAAGAGAAGCACCAUCUGUCUCUCUCUCUCUCUCUCUUUGCGUCGGAGCUCCAGCUCAAGCCCUGGACCAACCAGUCGUCGUCGUGUUGUUUGUUGUUCUCCCUCUCCCUCUUUGACGCUUUCUCUCGCCGCCCGCCGUGCCGCUUCAGACCUCGAAGCACCAUUAGCAGCCUCCCACCCCCAGCUUUGGAGUUCUCCGCCUAGGUUUGCUUGACGUUUGUACAAGUAAAAUAUGGAAGCUUUGGGGAAAAGGAAAGAACCAGCCUCUUCUGAAAUCGCGGAUUGCUAUACUGGAUCUUCAGAUCAAGGCAAUGAUGAAUCUGCUUCGAAGCGGCAUAAUUCGAGUCGGACAUGUGUGCAUGAGGUUGCUGUUCCGACUGGUUAUAAUUCAAACAAAGAUGAAUCAGUGUUUGGGACUCUCUCAAAUCCUGUCUACAGUGGUGAGAUGGCAAAAGGUUACCCAUUCAAACUUGACCCUUUUCAGCAAAUUUCCAUAGCAUGUUUGGAGCGAAAGGAGUCAGUUUUAGUGUCAGCACAUACUUCAGCAGGUAAAACUGCAGUUGCUGAAUAUGCCAUUGCAAUGUCUUUUAGAGAUAAACAAAGGGUAAUAUAUACAUCACCUUUGAAAGCUUUGAGCAACCAGAAGUAUAGGGAGCUAAGUCAAGAGUUUAAAGAUGUCGGAUUGAUGACUGGUGAUGUUACCAUUGCACCUAAUGCUAGCUGCUUGGUCAUGACAACAGAAAUUCUUAGAGGAAUGCUGUAUAGGGGUUCUGAGGUAUUAAAGGAAGUUGCAUGGGUUAUCUUUGAUGAGAUACAUUACAUGAGGGAUCGAGAAAGAGGUGUUGUUUGGGAGGAGAGUAUUAUAUUCUUGCCACCGGCCAUUAAAAUGGUUUUCCUUUCUGCAACAAUGUCAAAUGCUACUGAGUUCGCAGAGUGGAUUUGCAACUUGCAUAAACAGCCAUGCCAUGUAGUAUACACAGAUUUCAGACCAACUCCGCUGCAGCACUAUGUUUUCCCUAUGGGUGGGAGUGGUUUGUAUCUUGUAGUUGAUGAGCACGAGGAAUUCAGAGAGGACAACUUUCUCAAGCUUCAAGAUACAUUUACCAAGCAGAAAGUUGGCGAGGGGAGCAAGUUUACUAAUGGAAAAGCGAGUGGGAGAAUUGCCAAAAGCGGUAAUGCCUCCGGGGGUUCUAGCAUAAACAAAAUUGUGAAGAUGAUAAUGGAGCGUAAGUUUCAACCUGUCAUAGUUUUCAGCUUUAGCAGGCGAGAGUGUGAACAACAUGCUAUGUCAAUGUCCAAGCUUGAUUUUAACACACAAGAGGAAAAGGAUGUGGUGGAGCAAGUUUUUCACAAUGCAGUCCUGUGCUUGAAUGAGGAAGAUAGAAAUUUACCUGCCAUUGAGUUGAUGCUGCCAUUACUUCAACGUGGAAUUGCUGUUCAUCAUUCUGGCCUUCUCCCUGUUCUUAAGGAAUUGGUAGAGCUCCUUUUCCAGGAAGGCUUAGUGAAGGCUCUUUUUGCCACAGAAACUUUUGCCAUGGGUUUGAACAUGCCCGCAAAGACAGUGGUCUUUACAGCAGUCAAGAAGUGGGAUGGUGAUAGUCAUCGGUACAUUGGAUCUGGUGAGUACAUUCAGAUGAGUGGAAGAGCUGGCCGUCGUGGAAAAGAUGAGCGUGGUAUCUGUAUCAUAAUGGUUGAUGAGCAGAUGGAGAUGAAUACACUGAAGGACAUGGUUUUGGGGAAACCAGCUCCUUUAGUUAGCACAUUCAGACUAAGCUACUACUCAAUUUUGAAUCUGAUGAGCCGUGCUGAAGGACAAUUUACUGCUGAACACGUCAUAAAGAACUCAUUUCAUCAGUUUCAGUAUGAGAAGGCCUUGCCCAACAUUGGAAGAAAAGUUCAAGAACUAGAAGAAGAAGCUGCAAGUCUCGAUGCUUCUGGGGAGGUUGAAGUAGCGGAGUAUCAUAAGCUGAAGUUGGAAAUUGCUCAACUGGAGAAGAAAAUGAUGGCAGAGAUAACCAGGCCUGAGAGAGCUCUCUUUUUUCUUUUGCCAGGGCGGUUGGUGAGGAUUAGGGAAGGCGGAACAGAUUGGGGUUGGGGAGUUGUAGUUAAUGUUAUGAAAAAGCCCUCAACUGGUUUGGGUACAGUGCCAUCACGAGGUGGAGGAUAUAUUGUGGAUACUUUGCUUCAUUGCUCUCCAGGUUUAAGUGAGAAUAGUUCACGGCCCAAACCUUGUCCACCUUGCCCUGGAGAAAAGGGUGAAAUGCAUGUGGUCCCUGUGCAGUUGUCCUUAGUUUCUGCUCUUAGCAAACUCAGGAUAUCAAUACCUGCUGAUCUCCGACCACUGGAAGCAAGGCAAAGCAUAUUGCUUGCUGUCCAAGAGCUUGGGAGUCGUUUUCCUCAGGGUCUCCCAAAGCUUAAUCCUGUAAAGGACAUGGGCAUUGAGGAUCCAGAGAUAGUUGAGUUGGUCAAUCAGAUCGAGGAACUUGAACGAAAAUUAUUGUCUCAUCCAUUGCACAAGUCUCAAGAUGCACAUCAGAUGAGAAGUUUUCAAAGAAAAGCAGAAGUGAAUCAUGAAAUUCAAGAACUCAAAUCAAAAAUGCGUGAAUCUCAGCUUCAAAAAUUUCGUGAUGAACUUAAGAACCGUUCUCGGGUCUUAAAAAAGCUUGGUCACAUUGAUGCUGAUGGUGUUGUCCAGUUAAAGGGACGGGCAGCCUGCUUGAUUGACACAGGGGACGAACUACUUGUCACUGAACUGAUGUUUAAUGGUACAUUCAAUGAUCUUGAUCAUCACCAAAUUGCGGCUCUUGCUAGUUGUUUCAUCCCUGGAGAUAAAUCAAAUGAACAGAUUCAUUUGAGGACUGAGCUUGCCAGACCAUUGCAACAACUCCAGGACAGUGCAAGGAGAAUAGCAGAGGUGCAAAGGGAGUGCAAGUUGGAUGUAAAUGUGGAUGAAUAUGUGGAAUCCACAGUCAGACCAUACUUAAUGGAUGUGAUCUACUGCUGGUCAAAGGGAGCAAGCUUUGCAGAAGUUAUACAGAUGACUGAUAUAUUUGAGGGUAGCAUUAUUAGAAGUGCCAGAAGGCUUGACGAGUUUUUGAACCAGCUUCGAGCUGCUGCUAAUGCGGUGGGAGAUACCAAUCUCGAAAACAAAUUUGCUGCAGCCAGUGAAAGUCUCCGUCGGGGUAUAAUGUUUGCCAAUUCCCUCUACCUCUAAAGCAUCUGAAAACCAUGCACCAAUAUAGUUAUUAAUUAUAGAGAGGUCAGCAGAUUAGGAAUUGACAUUGAAUUUUUUAUUUUCUUCUGAGUUUGUACCUUUAGUUUGUACAUUUUAUUGAACAGAAAUUGUUUUGUAGUGUUGAGGAAAGAUCGUAAAACUAAUUGUACAGAUAUUUUUGGAUUUUUGUUGGAGAAAAGUAAGGAAUAUCUGGUGCGUCAUCCGG